AUGCUGGCAGAUUCACCUCCUGGGGAAGGCUCUCUUCCUGCUUUACAGAUGAUUGCCUUCUCACUGUAUUCCUCACAUGGCAGAGAAAGACAAUUUAGAAUCUACUACACACAUUGCUAUUUGAACACUCACAGAAAACUAUUAUCUUCCCCCCACCCUCUACAAGGCAUCUCCAGGGCUCAUGUUAUUGUGAGGCCUCUAUUUUCAUCCUUGCAACCAAUGUUCAGAGCUUACAGAGCUUAUCAUGUUUAUUAUAUAACAAUAAGACAUACGCCAAAACAACUUGCUGCUGGGCUUUUAGACAUAGCAACAGCAGAAAUCUUUUCUGGGCUUGAGGAAGAGCCACUUCAAAUGUCUACUAAUUUCAGCAAUUUUCUGGUCUAUGGAAUGAAAAGUCUAAAACUCACAGCCCUCUGCUCCACCAUCGAACUUCAUGACGCAAGGGGGCGGGUGGGGAAGAAAGUGGCACGCUCCCUGGUUGUUGGGAUUCACAGGCUGCCUCUCAAAGGAGUAUUGCCUGGGUGGCGAAUGCUCUUGGAGGAGAAAAGAGAAAGGCAUGAAACGGGGACCCUUCAAAGUUGCCACCAUGGUAAUGUCACUCAGUGGCACAGGGCUUGUUCCUCCCUUUUGUUUUCUUUUCUUUUUUUUUUUGAGACGGAGUCUCGGAGUCUCAUUCUGUCACCCAGGCUGGAAUGCAGUGGCGCUAUCUCAGCUCACUGCAAGCUCUGCCUCCUGGGUUCACACCAUUCUCCUCCCUCAGCCUCCCGAGUAGCUGGGACUACAGGUGCCUGCCACCACACCUGGCUAAUUUUUUGUAUUUUUAUUAGAGAUGGGGUUUCACCAUGUUAGCCAGGAUAGUCUCGAUCUCCGGACCUCAUGAUCCACCUGCCUCGGCCUCCCAAAGUGCUGGGAUUACAGGUGGGAGCCACUGA